AUGCUUGGUCGCCGCCUUCCGGUCCUCGCCGCCGUCGCCGCCUGCCGGGGCUCGCCGCCGCCGCCUGGUCGCCGCCUGCCGGGGCUCGCCGCUGCCGCCGCCUGGUCGCCGCCUGCCGGUGCUCGCCGCCGCCGCCACCGCCUGCCGGUCGCCGCCGUCGCCGUCUGCGCCGCCGUUUGGUCGCCGCCUUCCGGUCCCCGCCGCCGCCGCCGCCGCCGCCUGGUCGCCGCCUGCCGGGGCUCGCCGCCGCCGCCUGGUCGCCGCCUGCCGGGGCUCGCCGCCGCCGCCUGGUCGCCGCCUGCCGGUGCUCGCCGCCGCCGCCUGGUCGCCGCCUGCCGGUGCUCGCCGCCGCCGCCACCGCCUGCCAGUCGCCGCCGUCGCCGUCUGCGCCGCCGUUUGGUCGCCGCCUUCCGGUCCCCGCCGCCGCCGCCGCCGCCGCCUGGUCGCCGCCUGCCGGGGCUCGCCGCCGCCGCCUGGUCGCCGCCUGCCGGUGCUCGCCGCCGCCGCCACCGCCUGCCGGUCGCCGCCGUCGCCGUAUCUCUCUGCCUGCCGGACUUUGCUAUGUUUAGGCGCAGCGCACCAUUGUUGCUGACCUUCUCUCUAACCCUGCUGCUGCGCCGAGAAAAGCCGCAACAAUGGUCGGCGUGCUGGCUGUCGGUGGCGCUCUGGACGUCGUCGCACUGUCCGUGCAGUGUUGCCAAAUAA